GUGCGCCAGAGCAUUCAGAUCUCAGCGAAAGGCACAUCUCAACCUCACAGGUAGUCACUUGGGUGAGAAAGCCAGCAGUCAGUUAUGUGGGUCCUGGGGAAGAUCAGAGAGAGCAUGGAGAGCAUUCCUCUGGAUCUGAAUCUUUCCAUUGGAAAAAACGAGGAUGCUUUUUUCUCCACAAAGGCCAACCUCUCACAGAAACUUCACACGAACAUCAUUACUCCGGACAACAUCCCUGAAUUCUGCCUGCCUCCACGGCUUUUCAAGAGACAGCCGAUGCUAGAAACCGAGACGACCCAACUUCAGCAAGACGGCCAUCAGCAGACACAAAAGAGCAGGCCGUCUUUCCAAACUGAAAUUAAGGAAAAGAGUGAAGAUCCUUUAGUGCCUCAGAAGGUUCCAAGGAAACCUUUGCCAUUCUCUGCAGAGUGUUACGGCCUGGCUGGAAUCUAUGAGAGUCCCAACACUAGAAGGAAAGAGUCUUUGUUCCAUUCAAAACGGCCUGUAUAUGUGUUUGAAAGACGCAUCUCUGCCACAAAACCCAGUCAAGUAAAGCAGAAAGCCCCAUUGAAGAAAACUUUUUCAGGGCUUUUCACACUCUUUGUGUCCAAAAGCUUCUCAGAAGCAGCAAGUGUGGAAGCUGAAACACCUUCCAGUGCCAAAUCAUCCAGAAGUGCCCCAUCCAGAAGCCGGCGUCUUAAAGAAACUGUAUCCUGCCCUUCGCUGAUUGAUAGCAUGGAGAAAAGCAAGACGCCAAAGAAAUUAGGUUUAAGUUUACCAACUUCUUCCUGCAGUCAGCUAACCAGUGAUAAAAAUCCUCCCACCCUGUUCCCACCUGUUCUCCAUCCACUGGACCUGCUUCACUACCAGGAGAGACUGCAGCAUGAACACAUUCUUCCUUUGCAGGGCCAAGGUCGAGUUCGGCUCUCCACUGAGCACACCACAUUCUCCAAAGGUGCUUCCUCAAUCUUUUUCACUGUCAGAGUGCGUGUGGUGUCUGUGGAGGGCUUGCUGGAUGGAAGUGAACGACACACUCUGAACUGUGCUGUGAGUUUGUGCCUGAUGCCGGGGAAGCUGCAGCACCAGGAGAGAGCCACCAUCAGGAACUGCCGUCGACCCGAGUUCAAUGAAGAUUUCUACUUCACUGAGCUGAGGCACAAGGAUCUGAUGGAGCUGCAGCUCCAGUUAAAAGUGGUGGAUAAAGCUGCAGCGGGAGCUUUGAGGAGGGGAACAGUGAUCGGGAUGAUCUGUAAACCUCUAUCCAAGCUGGUGUCCUCUGAGGAUCGGGUGUAA